AAGGAAUUUUGAAGUCACGUGAUGGCGGGAAAAGCAAGAUGGCGACCAGUGAAGUAGUUUUGCAGAAAAAACUCAACUACGCGAUUCACCGAUGGUCAAGUUUCUCCGCGAACUACGUCCCCGACAACAUCCUUGUUGACAAGCCAAACGAUCAGAGUUCAAGAUGGUCCUCAGAUAGCAACUACCCACCGCAGUUUCUGACCCUGAAGCUGGAGAGACCUUCUAUCGUGUACAGUAUUACCUUCGGAAAGUAUGAAAAAACACAUGUAUGUAACUUGAAGAAGUUCAAGGUGUACGGAGGACUGAAUGAUGACAACAUGAUAGAACUCUUACAAAGUGGCCUGAAGAAUGACCACAACAAGGAAGCAUUUGACCUGAAGAGUAAAAUAGAAGGGCAGCUCUUUCCAUGCAGAUAUAUCAAAAUAGUCCCCAUCAUGUCAUGGGGCCCCAGUUUUAACUUCAGUGUGUGGUAUGUGGAACUGAGUGGGGACGACGCUCCUGAACUGGUGCAGCCGUGUCUACAGUGGUACAACUCUUAUCGAGAGCAGCAGGCGAUACGACUGUGUCUGAAGCACUUCCGACAACACAACUAUGACGAGGCUUUCGAGUCUCUGCAGAAGAAAACCAAAGUUGCCUUAGAGCACCCAAUCCUUACUGAGCUGCAUAAUCACUUGGUUGUUCAAGGUGACUUUGAUGCCUGUGAGGCCCUUGUUGAAAGAGCUGUACAUGAUGGACUGUUUAAUGAGUUCAUUAGUCAGCAGGAGUACAGACCAAAGUGGACACUGAUAGAGCCUGUCUGCAAUGGUUCUUCAGAAGAAGACAGGCCGGGUAUGAGAGGUGGUCAUCAGAUGGUCAUCGAUUCCAACACAGAAACCAUCUACCUGUUUGGAGGGUGGGACGGCUCCCAGGACCUGUCUAACCUGUGGGAGUACAACGUACCGGCCUCACGGUGGACAUGUCUGUCCAAGGAUACAGAAAAAGAUGAUGGCCCCAGUGCGCGGUCGUGCCAUAAGAUGUGUAUAGACGGCGAGCGCCGGCAGAUCUACCUGCUGGGCAGAUAUCUGGACUCCUCCCUUCGCACCUCGGAGACCCUGAAGAGCGACUUCUAUGUUUAUGAUAUAGAUAACAAUAAGUGGACGUUGAUCAGUCAGAACACAGCUGAGGAGGGAGGGCCCAAACUCAUCUUUGACCACCAGAUGUGCAUGGACGUGGAGAAGCAAACGAUCUACGUGUUUGGGGGCCGCGUCCUGACCAGCGGGAGCUCGGGGGAGGAGAGGUCGUCCAACGAGCCCCUGUUCAGCGGUCUGUACUCGUACCACUGCCCCACCAACACGUGGAAGCUGCUGAGGGAGGACUCAGGGAACGCUGGCCCUCAGGACAUCAGGAGCAGGAUCGGACACUCCAUGCUGUUCCACACGCAACGUCGUCAGCUGUACAUCUUUGCAGGUCAGAGGUCCAAAGAGUACCUGAACGACUUCUUCACCUACAAUGUGGACACAGACGAAGUGGAAUUCAUAUCAGAUGGCACCAAGAAGGAAGAGGGGCAAGUGCCGGCGGCCGGGUUCACCCAGCGCGCCACCAUCGAUCCUGAGCUGGAUGAGAUCCACGUACUGUCAGGUCUGAGCAAAGACAAGGAGAAGAGGGAAGAAAAUGUACGAAACUCCUUCUGGGUGUAUGAUAUCAAGCAGAAGAAAUGGUCUUGUAUAUAUAAGAAUGAGCAUUUGAACAAGGAGCAGUGGGGGAAGAGUCAUCCAGCUGAACCCUGUCCCAGGUUUGCACACCAGCUGGUGUACGAUCAUAUCCAUCAGGUACACUAUCUGUUUGGUGGGAAUCCAGGGAAGUCCAACUCUCCCAAGAUGAGGCUGGAUGAUUUCUGGUCUUUAAAGCUGUGUAGGGCAUCCAAGGAACAACUGCUACGGAGGUGCAGAUACCUUAUACGGAGGCACAAGUUCCAGGAGAUAGCUGCUGCAGACCCGCUGGCUGCCCUGCAGUUCCUGCAGUGUGACCUCGCCUCCAUCGUGGAUCAUGAGGACGAUGAAGAAACCAGAGAGUUCCAGCAGCUGGCAUCAACACUUUUCAAGUCCAAGGAGGAGAUAGCUGAUGGAUACAACAUGCACUUCCUUACUGAUGUGGAUGAUCAUUUUCCUGGCAGAACACAGCUAUUUGACACCCUGGUAGCAUUCUUCCCUGAACACAUGGCCCAGCCCAAGGGGAACCUGGUGGACCUCAUCACAUUCUGACACCCACAAACUGGACAGGACCAGCCACUAGUCUAACCAGGAUGGUGCCAUAGCACUGAGAUAACCAGGGCUCU